CUGCAGCAGCGCAGUUUGAGCCUCACCAGCAGCCGUUAUUCGUCACAGCUCGACGGAACCAGGAAACGGUUCUAUGGUGGGUGCCAACAACAACGGUUUGGGGAGACGCACCAAAGAAACUAUAUAACGGCAUCAUGUCGGACAAGAGUGAGCUGAAGGCCGAAUUGGAGCGAAAGAAGCAACGCCUUGCACAAAUCAGGGAAGAAAAGAAGAGAAAAGAAGAGGAACGCAAGAAGAAAGAGGCAGAGCAGCUGAAGGAACCAGUAACACUGCAGGAUGACUCUGAUCUGGAAAAGAAGAGGAGAGAGGCUGAAGCACUGCUGCAGAGCAUGGGAAUCACACCUGAUGUCCCUGUGGUUCCUGCACCAAUGUCUCCCACUGCCAAAUCUGUGGGCACUCCGAGUGAGGCAGGUAGCCAGGACUCAGGCGAUGGCGCCACAGGACCCAGGACUCUCCACUGGGACUCUGAUCCUUCUACACUACUGCUUCACUCCGAGCUGGGGCGAGGCCCGGUGAAACUGGGCAUGGCGAAGGUGACCCAUGUGGACUUCCCUCCCAAAGAGGUGGUGUCCUACACCAAGGAGACUCAAACACCCACCAUGAGCGAGCAGAAAGAGGAGGAAGAGGAAGAAGAAGAAGAGCUAGCUCCUGCAGAGCCUGCAACGGAGGUGGAGAAGGAGACUCCAGUGCAGAAGCAAGAGGAAGAAGCACCCCCCCAUGAGCUGACUGAGGAAGAGAAGCUGCAGAUCCUGCACUCAGAAGAAUUCAUGGAUUUCUUUGACCACAGUACACGUAUCAUUGAGAGAGCUCUGUCUGAACAUGUGGAUGUUUUCUUUGACUACAGUGGCCGUGACCUAGAGGAGAAGGAGGGUGAGAUGCAGGCUGGAGCAAAGCUGUCUCUGAACAGACAGUUUAUGGAUGAGCGCUGGUCCAAGCACAGAGUGGUCACCUGCCUGGACUGGUCUCCACAGUAUCCAGAGCUACUGGUUGCCUCCUACAACAAUAACGAGGAGGCUCCUCAUGAGCCUGACGGAGUGGCUCUGGUCUGGAACAUGAAGUAUAAGAAAACUACGCCAGAGUAUGUCUUUCACUGCCAGUCUGCAGUGAUGUCAGCAGCAUUUGUUAAAUUCCAUCCUAACCUGGUGGUAGGUGGUACAUACUCAGGACAGAUUGUGCUGUGGGACAAUAGGAGUAACAAACGGACCCCUGUCCAGAGGACCCCGCUCUCAGCCUCUGCUCACACGCAUCCUGUUUACUGUGUGAAUGUUGUCGGCACUCAGAAUGCUCACAACCUGAUCAGCAUCUCCACUGAUGGUAAAAUGUGCUCAUGGAGUCUGGACAUGUUAUCCCAGCCUCAGGACAGUAUGGAGUUGGUGUUUAAGCAGUCUAAGGCAGUGGCAGUCACCUCCAUGUCCUUCCCCCUGGGUGACGUCAAUAACUUUGUGGUAGGCAGUGAAGACGGAUCAGUCUACACAGCUUGUCGGCAUGGCAGUAAAGCAGGUAUCAGUGAGAUGUUUGAGGGUCACCAUGGACCAAUCACUGGUAUCCACUGCCACACAGCAGCUGGCCCUGUAGACUUCUCCCAUCUCUUCCUAACCUCUUCCUUUGACUGGACUGUCAAACUCUGGAGCACCAAGAAUAAUAAGCAUCUGUACUCGUUUGAGGAUAACUCUGACUAUGUGUAUGAUGUGAUGUGGUCUCCUGUUCACCCUGCUCUGUUUGCCUGUGUGGAUGGAGUCGGACAUCUGGACCUGUGGAACCUCAACAAUGACACAGAGGUCCCCACUGCCACUAUUACAGUGGAAGGGACCCCUGCUCUGAACAGGCUGAGGUGGGCACAGUCAGGCCGGGAGAUUGCAGUGGGAGACUCUGAUGGACAAAUUCUCAUCUACGAUGUAGGAGAACAGAUUGCUGUGCCACGGAACGAUGAGUGGACACGCUUUGUGAGGACGCUGGCAGAGAUCAACGAAAACCGAGACGACGCUGAGGAGUUGGCAGCCCAACGAAUCCCGUCCUAAUGAGCACCAUUCCUGAAAACAGCUACAGGUUUUCAGUGCAAAAAAAUGCACCCUAUUUCGGCAUGAUAAUGGCAAUGUUAAUGUUUAUGAAGACCACUUUGAAAAUGUAGUACUAUGAUUUGCAAACUGGACUUGGAUUCUUCUGCCUUUUUUUGGGUGUGCGUAAAGAAACCAUGGUCAAAUAGUAAGACAUGAGACUGGACUAGUAUAUUCAGCUUGGAUAUCAGCAGUGUUCCUCUCUCUUCCCCAGUACCAGAAGCCUUACAGCUUGCACGUAGAAAACCCAUAGAAAACAUGAAAGAAUGUUUCUUAGUUGGCCUCCAGGUACAUUCAAAUGAUUUCUGAUGUUAUUUACACGAAGUCCGUAAACCACCUAAUGAUAUCCAAACUUUUUUUUUUUCUUUUUUUUAUUACAGUUGACUAUAAAUUCUAGAACUCUUGUUGACUGGAGUCUAAGUGUGUUUAUGAAUUCACUCUUGUCAUUUGUAAUUGAAAGUGUAAUCAAGACAGGAGUUAGGAGUUAAAUAGGCAGUGGCAUAUUAAAGCAUAGAUUUCACUUUAAAGUUGGCUUUUGGGACAGUGACACCUGAUAUAUAAUUAUCCAUACAAAAAGAAACAGAUACCUGUGUGUUUGUCAUUUUUCUAUCUUUCACAAAAGGAAGUACUUGUUCGUUCUCUUACAAGAGAGCUUUUUUAACUUUUGCUAAAAGUUUGAGUGAAUUUAUGGACACACUGGAUUUGCUUAGUCUCUGGGCAGCUAAGAUUAAGACUCACUGUCAGCUGCUAGUGCUACUCCAUCUCUGGCUCUUAUAUGCUGGUUAUUGAUAACACGCUGUAUGUCUUCUCAAUCAGUACAGAACCUGAAUCACAUAUUUAUUAUGUACAAUAAGAUGCUGUACGAUUGUUGGCAGCCUUCUGAAAUUUUUAAGCCUUGGCUUUUCAAGAACAGGCUCUUCUUCUAGCUUUACAAGUCUGUUUAUAACCUGUAUGAACCAAUAGCAUUUCUUCCACCUCUUUGAAUGUCUUUAUAUAUCUCUAUAAAUUCCUCUUUCUAAAACUAAA